AUGUUUAUGGCCAAUUUUUCGAGCGGCGAGGCCCAGCGGCCCUCCUUCUUCGAGAUGGUAGCCCAGCAGGAGCUCCUCCCCUUCUUCGGCCCCGCCCUCAAAUACGCCCUCUCCGUGGCGGCCGUGCGAUGGCCGCGUCUGGAGUGGGGCGUGACGCACCACGACGAGCUCUUCUACGGCCUGCGCCUGCUCCUCGAAGCUCAUCAUCUGCGCCGCCACGACGCGUCGUUCUCGGAGCACUUCUACAGCCUGAAGCGGGUGCGGGUGGCGGCACCCACCACCGGUGCGCCCGACUCGGGGGCGUCGCCGUCGCCGGCUACAGCGGGCAGCCGCCUCACCGACCACGACCGACGCGUGUCGCUGCUCCUGCUCGUGGGGCUGCCCUACGUCAAGGCCAAGCUCGACCAGUUGCACAAGCGGAUGGCGGGGCCGCUGAGCGGGUGGCUGGAGACGGAGGGAUCGGACGAUGAUGAGGGCGAUGAUGGCGACGGCGAAGGCGACGAGGGCACCGCGGGCGAAGACGGCGGGCGGCGCGCGCGGUGGUGGCGGCGGUGGCGGCGCGUGGUGCGGGUGGCGCGCGGUCUGUUCGUGGCCGGGUACCCGUGGGCGAGCGCGGUGUACGAGGGCCUCUUCUUCGUGUACCAGGUGCUCUACCUCUACGACCACACCCGCUACUACACGCCCUUCCUCCACCUGCAGCGCCUCCAAGUCCAGCGACUCUCCCUCGAGGACACCAUCGAGAUGACGCAGGACACGGCGCGACGAAGGGCGGCCGGUGCGGAGAGCUGGGGCGUGGGCGACGCGAGGGGAGCGGCGGCGGUAGUGCGCACGGUGGGUCGCGUGCUGGCGCGCGCGUGGCACGUCGUUGAGGACUACUCGGCACUCGCCCUCCCGCUGGUGCUCUUCGUGUUCAAGUUCCUCGAGUGGUGGUACGCCGAGAACACCAAGCAGACCGCACCCGCCCUGCCCACCCCGCCCCCGCCACGCCCUCCUCCCGUGGUGGAGGAGGCCGGGCGGAAGAAGGCGGACGGCGAGUGCGGACUGUGCGGGAAGCGACGCACGAACCCGGCCAUGGUGGCGGGCACGGGCUACGUGUUCUGCUACCCGUGCCUGCACGCCUCCGUCACGACCCACGGCCGAUGCCCCGCGACUGGCCUUCCAGCCUCGCCCGACUCGCUCCUCAAGCUUUACGAGUCCACCUGA